CUUACAUACAAAUUUAAAAUUUGUACCAACUACCGAGUACUGCGAAGAGUGAUUAUGAUAAACAUAUAAACUAUUUAACAUUUUAGUACUGUGUGUAAUUUCUUAGAUAAGACUUAUCUACCAUUGGCCUCCGGCCCCUUUACGUUCCUCCACUUCUCACUUCUAAGCAGAAACAUUAUUGUGAGGGAGCUCGAAGUUAACAAAUAAACGUGGUUAUUUUAUGAAGAUAUAGAAAUAAAUAUAAUUAUUAGCAAUAUAACAAUAAGGAAUAAAAAUGGCUCAUUCAUCAACAUCUGGGAACAAUCUUAAAAGUGGUUUGAUUGACUUCACAGCUGGAUCACUAGGAGGAGUAGCUGUUGUCUAUGUCGGUCAGCCAUUAGAUACAGUUAAAGUUAAAAUGCAAACAUUUCCCCAUUUGUACAAAGGAAUGGUUGACUGUCUCAGACAAACUUUGAGAAAUGAUGGUUUUGUCAGAGGGCUGUAUGCCGGCACAACUCCAGCUAUCAUGGCUAAUGUUGCAGAGAACUCUGUUCUAUUUGCAGCAUAUGGUUAUUGCCAAAAGUUGGUCUGCAAGAUGACAGGCACAGAGAAAGUAGACCAAUUAUCAACUAUGGGAAAUGCAUCAGCAGGAUUCUUAGCAGCAUUUUUUUCAUCAUUCACUCUAUGUCCAACAGAGUUAAUCAAGUGUCAGCUCCAGGCAAUGAGAGAAGUUAAUGUGCAGGGCUCACAAACAGCUAUGAAAAUUACGCCAUUGCAAUUAACACAGCAGAUAUUUAGACAAUAUGGGAUUCAGGGUCUGUUCAGAGGAUUGGUACCAACUAUUAUGAGAGAAAUGCCUGGCUACUUCUUUUUCUUCGGUGGAUAUGAAGGUACUAGGGCUCUGUUAGCGAAGCCAGGUCAAUCUAAAGAUGAUAUUGGUUUCCUGAAAACAAUGGUAGCGGGCGCUGUCGGAGGCAUGGUUUUGUGGACGGUAAUAUUCCCCUCGGAUGUCAUCAAAUCUCGUAUACAGAUUUCAAAUGAGAAGCAGAAGUUUUUAACAGUAGGAAUGGAUAUAAUUCGCAAAGAAGGUACUUUGGCACUCUACAAUGGCCUUAAGCCGACAUUGGUGAGGACGAUUCCAGCGACGGCUGUUUUGUUUGUUGUGUAUGAAUAUUCGAAAAAAUUUAUGCAUCAGUCAUUCGGUGACUGAAAUGUAAUAUUCAGUGCUUAAGGGGACUAUAAAACCUAGAAUGACACACGCACACAUUUAUACAAUUAACGUGACAGUCUCGAAUCAACAGUCUGGACCGUGUGCGUAGGUAAACUGAAAUAAUAUUUACAAAAUCCUUUUGAUUGUUCGAAAAAAAAUCCACAUCUUGAUUCCAUAUAUGAUGAUUUAGUCACUGCGUUGCUUGAAGCAUAAUUUGAUAAAAAUCAGAACAAUCGCCUGAAGAUUACAAAUUUUGAAAACAAAUACUCAAGUCUUAUAUUUGUAAACUUUUAAACGAAUUAUCGUAUUAUAUCCUGAGCAUAGUAUACAUUUUUCUUUAUUUACUGCAGCAUUUAUUAGACGGCAUUAUAAAACAUGUGUUUAGCUCCUGUAGUCCCCUUAAGUACAAACACAUAUUUUUAUUGUGAAAAGCUUGGUUGUUAUUAAAUUAUU